AAGUUGGAAGAAUCUCUGACUCCUUCCGAUGGCAGCACCGGAGAAAGGAGUCUGACACUUCAAGGUGAUGGACAAGAAUCUGGAGCCACACCUCAACCCAUUUCCACCCACAUCUGCCAGAUUAUCACCCGCAACCUAUCUGAGAAAUCAACUGGUGAGAGCUCUGAGGUCAGCGAACUAGAGGAGAGCAGGGCCCUGAGGGAGCAUCCGUCUCACAGUGACCAACCACUAAUCAAACACACCAGUCUCACAGAGAAGGUAUCUGCUGUUACGAUGGGCAACAGGCGGAGGCUAAUGUGUCGCUGCUUUGCCCAGCUGGAUCAGAUGCUGAUGCUGUCAUCAGCAGCGGACUCUGACCUGGAUAGUUCCCCGUUGGGAUCUAUGCAACUGCAAAACAAGGAGAAAGCCUACAGGCAAAAAUUGCAAGUCUUCCAGGAAGCUCAGAGGAGACAAGCCCAGCUUGUUCAGAAGCUACAAACCAAGGUUCUUCAGUACAAGAAUAAAUGUGGGGAACUACAGGAACAGAUACAGAACAAGACUUUGGAGUCUGAGAAGAUGAGACUCAUGGCCAACGUAGAUUCGGUUGAGCGUCAGAAGCGUGUGGAACAGGAACUGAACAUUGCCAUCCAAAAGAAGUUUGCUCAGCUGCAGGAGGAGCAGAGGAGGUGUGCCAGCCUUAGCCAAGUAAACUCUGUACUGCGGGAACAACUGGACCAAGCAGACACUGUUAACAAGGGGCUAACAGAGAGCCUUUGGAAGGCCCAUGAAGAUUUUGAGUUGUGUGAUAAACGUCUGCGCAGAGAGCAGGAGACAUGCGCCUUCAGGUCGAGUCGUGAACAGGCUCGUGUCAGAGCUUUGUGGCGCCAGGCAGCCUCCCUGCGGAGCAUUUUCACCCAGCUAAGGGCUUUCACUGACAGGAUUCUGUCUGAUAUGCGUGGUGAAUGUGUCACUGUGAGCCAGCAGCUACAUGUUGCAUGUGUGAGUGUAAUGGCCAGAGUUACGGAUGAGAGCACCAGCAAUGGUGUGGACAUGUCCAUUCUAGAGAUGCAGCUGAGGGGAAAGAUGAAAGAAGCCUUGCAGCUUCAAAUUCACUGGGAUGCUGAGAAAGUUGAAUUUAAUUCAAGAAUCCUGGAAUUGACCAACACCUUGAAGCACAUCCAGAGCCAGAGCAAUGACAAGGAUGCAAGUCUUAACAGCAUGCAGAUCAGUUUGGACAGGAUGGAGUCGAGGAGAACAGAGGAUAAAGUAGAAAUGGAAGCACUCCGUGGAGAGAUCCAGGCCUACCAAAAGAUUCUAUACCAUAUUCACCAGUUGGUUUGCAGAGACGGUGAGGGCACUGAAACGUUUUCCUCACAUCUCUAUGAGCAUUCUCCAUUAAAAAACGCUACCCUGAAUGCUGUACAGAAUGCACUCUUCAGCCAUGAGAAACAAUCACAGGACCUUCACUCUCAUUUGGAGGCAGCGUUGGUUCAAGUGGACAUAUUUCGUGAUCGUCUACAAGCAAAUCAUCUUGAGAAGAUAAAGAUGGAGCAGACAGUCCAGGAAGUACAGAGGGAAAGACAAAAGACUGAAAAAGCUCUGGAGGAAAGCCUUAAAGAAAGCAACAAUUAUCUUUCCUCACUGGAGCUCAUGUCCAGUGAAAAACAAAGCCUGGAAAAGUUGCUCUUAGGGCUGCAUCAGGAGGUGGACUCCCAGCGAGUUGAGCUGGAAGUCCUGCGGAGCUCAUCACAGGACCUCCAGAGGAAUCAGGACCUCCUAAGGCAGCAGAGGGAGGACCUGGAGAUGCAGCUGGCAUGCCAGUGCACCAAGGCUCAAAGAGGUGAUAGGAGUCUGCAGGAGCUUGAAGUUAAGCACUCAAAUCUGAACAAGGAGCUUAUUAUGAUGAAGGAAGUUUUGAGUCAAAUAACUCUGCAGAAGGAGCUGUUGGAGAAUGAAAAGGCUAGCCUUACAAUGGCUCUAAACAAGUUAGAAUCCCAUAGUGCCACACAGGAGUGUGCUCUGGCCAAACUACAAAAUCAGGAGGCUGCCUUAAAAGAUUCUCUUGCCAAAAUGGCAGCCCUUAAUGAGGGCUUAGCGAAAGACAAGGUGGACCUAAAUCGCAUUAUAAUGCAGUCAGAAAGUCAAAAGGCAGAACUUGAUGAACGUAGGCGGGAAGCUGAAUUGCAACGAGCAGCAGCUAGAGAAGAGUCAGUACGGGUGCUAAAGGACGUUAUGAAUCUUACUGCUGACAAACAAGCCCUGGAGAGCUCCAACAUUCAAUUACAAGAUAUCUGCCAGAAGCUGGAAGCAGAGAUGAACCUCAUGCAGAAGGAGAAAGCCUGGUCUCUGGAGAGGCACUCCCAGGUCGAAAGUCAGAUGCAGACUCUGACAGAGGAGCUGUUUGUAUCUAGGAUGGAGCUUGAGGCAAAGACCACAGCUGUGGAAACAGCUGCCCGUGACAGGGAGGAGUUGGUCAAGGACAAGGCAGCUCUGGACGUCAAACUAAACUCCACAGACCGAAAGGCUUGCGGUCUCUCUCAGGAGCUGGUUUUGCUGAGAGCAGAGAAGAUAUCCCUGGAGAGAGCUUUAUUUGAGAGCCAGGAGCAUUCUGCAUCUCUGGAGGUAGAGCUUGCCAGGUUGGAGGACGAGAGGCACAAACUGAUGCUGGCUAACAUGGCUUUGACGCGUGAUGCUCAGAUGCACGUGGCAACUGAACAACAGCUUUCAGAAGCUGCACAACAUCUGGGCGAGUUAGAGAAGAAGUUGGCUCAGGCGGAGAGAAAUGCCCAGUUGAUGCUGAAGAAAAAUGAGCAAAAUCACAGAGAGCAGCUAGAAGCUGAACGCCAGCAAAAGGAGCAGCAGCAUGCAGAGGUGAUGGUUCAACAGCAGCAAGCCCAAGAACAGCUGCGGAAACAAUGUGAGGAGCUGAGUGUGCACAGCCAAAAGGAGCUGCAGCAGGUGCAGGAAGAACUAACUGGGCUGCAGAGGGAGUUCAGCCAAAGACUACUGAUGGCCGAGAGUGAAAAGCAGCAGGCUUUGUCUCAGAAGGAGGCAGAGAAGGCUAUCCUUAUAGAAAAGAUGCAAUCCCUGCAGCAUGAUGUGGCCACAGCAGACAUGGAGAUCGAACGCAUGCAAAGGAUGGCACUAAGCAAACAGGGGCAGGAUGAGAAUGCAAUUGCUGUCCUUAAAUCUGAGCUGCAAAACAUGCAAACUCAGUUUGAAGAGUCUCUAAUCACUCAUCGGAAUGCAAAUGAUAGUCUCAUGGAGCAGGUCAGAGAGUUGAACCAACAGAACGAGCAGGCUAAACAGGAGCUAGAGGGUUUUCGUAAGCAUCUGAAAGAUGCAGAAGAUGGAUUCAUAAAAGGUCAGAGAGAUCUGAUUGAGGCUCACAGACAGCUUCAGAGCUGUGCUCAUGAGCGAGACGAGUUACGAAAAGAAGCACUGGACCUAAAACAACUGGUUGGUGAUAAAACAAGAGAAAAAGAAGCCAUCCAAGGGUCUAACCUAGAGCUUAGAGCAUUCGUCAAAAAAGCAGAGAGUGACAACAGCAGUUUGAGAAGAGCUCUGGAGGAGAAAAAACAGAGAGUGUCCAUCUUGGAGGAAUGUAAGGUGUCCAUGCAGCAGGAGAAAACCUCCCUAAGUAGAAGUUUGAGAGAACUGGAGAAGUCUUAUCUGCGGGCCCGCAGAGAGCUGCAAGAGCUUCGCAGACAGGUAAAAGUCCUGGAAGGCGAGAACAACCGACAGAAACAGGAACUAGGGGAAUUGCAGGCUCGAGGAUGUCAGGAGGAGCAGAAGGAGGAGGAGGCACGUCUUGAGGCUUUCACUCUCAGGCAGAGAUUGCUGGAGUGUGAGGCUUGCAGAGAAGCAGCACUAAAUGAGGUUGCAGGUCUUCAGUGUUGUGUGAAGGAAAUGGAAACAGCCAAACAACAGAGCCAAGAGCUGCUACAGGAAAAGGUGUCUUAUCAGCAUCAGAGUAACCAGAUGCAUGAAGAAGCCACUGCUAAGCUGGAGGCAGACCUAGAAAAUUCUAAAAUCGAGGUCAAGGAUCUCACUGUUCAGAUUGGUGUCGCUAACAACAAGGCCCAAAACCUUGAAAAACAGCUAGAUCUAAGUGAUGCCAAAUGCAGGCACCUGGAGCACCAUCUGGCCAGACUGUACACAGCUCUACACCAAACCUUUGGCAUCAACCACACAAGGCUCUUUGACAAACCAGGACCACAAAGACGGUCUCUAUCGCCCUUGAAAAGGUGCUCGGAAGUGAAAGGGAGAGACAGUGUAACAGAGCUAUCCAUGUUGACUUUGCGACAUGGUGAAGAUGAGGAAUGGAACGUGGACGCUGUGAGCACAGCCAUCCAGAAAUUCGUCCAGGAAUUUAGGAAUACACAAAGAGAUAGGGAUGAAGCCAAGGCUCAGAUAGUCAGUCUGAGUCAACAUGUUUCAACAUUAAAAGACUCUCAGGAUAAGUUGAGAAUGCAGCUGCUGCAAGUAAACAAGUCCUUGAAACAAUCGGAAGACGGAAAACAAAAAUUGGCAGAAGAGUUGAAAGAGGCACAGACUUCCCAUUCCAUACUGCAAGAUGUAAUAAACCGUACUGACAUGGAGAAGAGAAGUCUUGAGAAAGAGUUGGUUCAACUCAGGACUAGUCUGCAUUCUUCUCAGACUGAAUCUAUAACACUACAGAACAAGUUGGACAUCUUACAAAGGUUAGAAUCUUGUGCAAACCUGGAAAAGCUUAAGCUCAAAGAGUCUCUGGAGGAAGCAGAAAGCAAAGCGAACCGUAUCGAGCUCUACCAAUGCACCCUUGAGGGUGAGUUGCAGAGGACUCAGCUGAGAGCAGCAGAGCUGGAAGUGGAGGCUGGGGCCCUGCAGGAGAGACUGAAAGACAUGAGGAGAAAACUGAGUAAAAGUGAGAACCAAUGUGCUGUGCUAAGGGUCAGCGAGGAGAGGCUUGCCACUUCUCUGGCUAGGGCCGAGAGGCAUGAGAGCCAGCUGAGGGAGCAGAAUAAAAAACUUUCAAGCACUGUCUGUAACAACGUGACCAAUGCUGAAGGUCUACAGGAGCAGUUAACACAGCUGCAAACGGCCCUGACUGCCAGUGAGCAGGACCGAAGGUUGUUGCAGGAACAUCUGGAUAAAACACGAGACGCUCUCUCAGAGAAGAAGAGGCAGAACCAUACGCUCACCGUUCAGAGUCAGAACUUUCAAAGAGCACAGGAGGACUUGGAGCUUAAACUUUCUGAGCUGGAGAAACAUAACAGGACACUGAGGGAGAGCCUGAAGCAACAGCAGGAGGCUGAACUGCAAACUUCCCAGCAGCUGCAGAGAGACAAAGAAGAACUCCAAGAAAAGCUCUGCGAUCUGCAGAGCUCUUUGCGAAAGCUUCAGAAUGAGAGAGGGGCGUUGGAGAAGGUACUGGCACGUAUCGGUAAAGACAAGUCUGCUCUCAGAAAGACCCUAGAGAAGGUGGAGAUGGAGAGGUUGAGGAAGGAGGAGGAGGCAGCAUUUGCUGCCAGGGAGAGAACGCUGUUGGAGCAGAGAGUCUGCAGCCUGGAACAGGAGCUAGCUGCCAAACAGGAAAUGCUGGAGACUAUGCAGGUGCAAAGUUCUAGGAUCAGAGGGCAGAACUCUAGAGGACACGGCAAAAUCUCCCAGUUGGAUCACUCUCAUGCACAGUGCCUCCUGGAGGUGACUACCUGUCAUCACCGAGUUUUGGAUGUAGAAACAGAUGGUUCGAGCGACAGCCAGCUUCAAGCACAGUUGGCUAUAGAGAACAGGCAGAGGGCUCAUAGGGUUAAAUGCGUGGACAAGCAGACUCUCAAAGAGCAGCUGGAUCAGGAGAGGCGAGAGGCCUGUUUUAGUCAAAUGCUUCAGCCU